AAAACUAAAAACAAAAAAAAAAACAUAUAGCAAAAGCAAACACAAGAAAAAGAAAUCAAAAGAUGUCCGCAAGUGGAAGUUCAUUUACGUUUAAAAAACGCGUUUUAAAGAAACAGCAAACUCGUAAAAAACAUGACUCUUCAUCAGAUUCAAGUAGCAACAGCGACGCUGAGAAAUCAGCAGUUGUUCGGAACGAAGGCCGACGCAAGAGAACUAAUCCAAAUUUCCAAAGUACCAAGCUAAUGAGUGCCAAACGAGAAAAGUUGGCAGCACAAUCAUCUUCAGACGACGACUCAGGAGAGGACACUAAUGUCGUGGUUUCGUAUAAAUCCAAUAAAAGUGCAAUGCCAGUCGGACCCUCGGAUCAGGGUGCCACUGCCAUAAAUGAGUUCGAAACAGAAUUGGAUCGCGAUGCACAAGCUAUCCAUGCCAAAGCCAUAAAAAUAAAUGCUGAGCUAGAGGGCAAGGAGGACGAUAAGAUAUAUCGUGGCAUAAAUAACUAUGCACAGUACUAUAAGAAGAAGGACACUGCUAUGGGCAAUGCAAGCUCUGGAAUGGUUCGCAAGGGACCGAUGAGAGCACCAGCGCAUCUGCGUGCCACAGUCCGAUGGGAUUAUCAGCCAGAUGUAUGUAAAGAUUACAAAGAAACUGGGUUCUGUGGCUUCGGGGAUAGUUGUAAGUUCUUGCACGAUCGAAGUGACUACAAGGCUGGAUGGCAGGUAGAGUUGGAUCAUGCUACGGAUCAGCGAGGCGAAGGCGAGUCCGAUGGAGAUGAUACGAAGUAUGAAAUUCAUUCCGAUGACGAGGCACUUCCGUUCAAGUGUAUUAUAUGCAGGGACAGUUUCACAAAUCCUGUGAUGACCAAGUGCAAACACUACUUUUGUGAAAAAUGUGCUUUGGAGAACUUCAAGAAGUCAAGUCGUUGCUUCGUGUGUAAUCUGCAGACAAAUGGAAUUUUCAAUCCUGCCAAGGAACUUAUAGUUAGGUUAAAAAGUCGCCCUGAUAAUGAUAUUGGCGACUCGGACAGUAAUUGAUAAAUAUUGUUAAUAUUUUAUUUUCAAUUAAAGUAUCUAGUUCAAAUA